AGUCAGUCCAGUCGACCUUCAUCCACCGCCACACCUUCCGUUCUGGAACCGCCUAUAUAUACUCGACGUCUGGACAGAGUCUUCAGCAUUCGCACGCAGUCUUCAUCUCAGAAGAGGCAGUUCACCCCUAACAACCAUCAACCAUGAUGAAAUACGUGGUCCUGGCCCUGUGCCUGUUCGCCGCCGUCUUCGCCGCUGAGGAGUCCGCCCCCAAGGAGAAGCGCGGCCUGGCCUACGCCACCGGCCUCGGCUACUCCGCCCCCCUGGCCUACUCUUCUGGACUCUACGGUGGAUACGGAUACGGGUACCCUGGAUACGCUGCCGGCUACUACGGUCUCGGCUACCGCGGUCUGGGAUACAGCGGCCUCGGCUACCACGGACUCGGCUACUAUGGCGGUUACCACUACUAAAUCCCACAGACUGAUAUCAAUCCACUGUCCUGACAAUCCAUUCACUAUCUUUGCCGAUCCAAGUGGCAUUCAGCGAGCCUAGUCCGCAAAAUAACUGCCAAGUCAUGUGUGUGUACUUGGCAGUCAGUUCCUUCCCCUGACUGCUGUGACAGUUAAUAGCUCAAACAAUAAAAACUCUUCUUUACUUUAUAAA